AGGUAACAAGGCUGUUCAAGCGAGGAAACUAGUAAUGAGGCAAGAGGGAUGUGCAGAUCGUUCAGACGACCUCGCUUACAUUACUACCGAAAAACAAUAUGAAAUAUGCGUUAUAAAAGGAUCUAGACCAUAUGUCGUUGAUGACACGAAAGAAAUGUCUGAUUUUUUUCAGAAUGCGAGGGCAGGAAAAGAUAUAAUAAAUUACACUGUUGUGUCUGAAGUUAAACUGAAGCGAGCUCCGCCCUUACAAUUUAAGGCCUAUAUGGUGCAGAGUAUUGGACUAAGUCUUAGGUUUUACUUUAUGGAUUACUUAG